UACAGGAAGAGUAAGCAUUUCGUAUUUAAUACUACAAGUAGCAUUAAAGAUUGUCGUAGAUGGAAUUUUGAUAAAGCUUUCUUCUUUCUGCUCAAAAGUGACAAAUCUCCCUCCAAUGACAGUCAAAACUAUGGGACAUGAGAACGGCAAACUUGCCUCAAAACCCACAACAAAUUCCAAAUGACCUUCCACAACAAACCAUCAAAAUUACAGAAACAAUAGGCAAAAACAAUUCGAACCCAAAUCAACCCAGUUGGUCUUACAUCAUAAGAAACCGCCUUUCUCGAGGAACUCCCAAACAAGUGCUUUCAUUGUACACCCAAAUACGCCAAAAAGGACUCUACAUUUUAGUCCUGGUUCCUUUGAUUUUCAAGGCUUGUGCUUCUGCCUCAACCCAACCUUUUGGGAAAUCUUUGCAUGCAGAAUCAAUCAAAGCUGGGGUAGCCUUUGAUUUACAUACUGCCUCGUCAUUGCUAAAUAUGUAUUCGAAAUGCGGCAAUUUGAUUGAUUCCCGGAAGGUGUUUGAUGAAAUGCCUGAAAGAAAUGUGGUGACGUGGAACGCGAUGAUUGGUGGGUAUUUGAAAAAUGGGGAUACAAAAUCUGCAUUGGAUUUAUUUGAAAAUAUAUUAGUUGGAAGAAAUUCAGUGACUUGGAUUGAGAUGAUUAAUGGGUUUGCAAAGAAUGGAGAUACUUUAAAAGCCAGGCGUUUUUUUGAUAAAGUUCCAUUAGAGCUGAGGAAUGUGGUGACUUGGACAGUGAUGGUUGAUGGGUACACUGCAAAUGGAGAAUUAGAGGCUGCAAGGGAACUUUUUGAAAUGAUGCCUGAAAAAAAUUUCUAUGUUUGGUCAUCAAUGAUUUCUGGGUAUUGCAAGAGAGGUGAUGUAAAAGAAGCAAGAAACAUUUUUGAUAGAAUCCCUGUUAGGAAUUUGGUGAACUGGAAUUCCUUGAUUUCAGGUUAUGCACAAAACGGGUUUUGUGAGAAAGCUUUGGAAAUGUUCAGGAAAAUGCAAAGUGAAGGUUUUGAGCCUGAUGAAGUUACUAUCACAAGUAUUUUAUCUGCUUGUGCACAGUUAGGUGAAUUAGAUGUUGGAAAAGAAAUCCAUUAUCUUAUUAAGGAGAAGGGAAUAGUAGUUAAUCAGUUUGUUUUGAAUGCAUUAUUGGAUAUGUAUGCCAAGUGUGGGGAUUUAGCUCAUGCAAGAUUGAUCUUUGAAGGAAUGAGUCGUAGGACAAGUGCCUGCUGGAAUUCUAUGAUCUCUGGUUUUGCUCUUCAUGGACAAAGCAGUGAGGCUCUUGAGUAUUUUAGAAGAAUGGAACAGUCGAAUGAGAUGCCAGAUGAGAUCACUUUCCUUUCUCUUCUAUCAGCUUGCGCACAUGGGGGAUUUGUAGAUGCUGGAUUAGAUAUAUUUUCCAAGAUGGAGAAGUAUGGGUUGGUACCAAGCGUCAAACAUUAUGGUUGCUUGGUAGAUCUUCUGGGUCGUGCUGGAAGAUUGAAAGAAGCUUUUGAUUUAAUCAAGAGAAUGCCAAUGAAACCAAAUGAUGUAGUUUGGGGGGCUCUACUUGGAGCUUGCCGGGUUCAUCUGGAUACGAACAUGGUAGAGCAGGUGAUGCAAGAGGUUGGCAGGUUGGCACAUAAUUCACAUUAUGUGGUGCUGUCAAAUAUUUACGCAGCUUCAGACAGAUGGGAAAAGGCUGAAAAGAUGAGGAUGACCAUGGUAAGUAAGGGGUUUCAAAAGACUCCAGGCCUCAGUUCAGUUAUACUCAGUCGCAUAGAUCUAAGAAGUCACCAUUGCUCUGGAACCAUGAUGGACCAUGCAGAGAUGUGGGAAAAUGCAAAUUGCAUAGUGGUAGGAGACAGCAGAUUUGCAGUUAGGUAACUUCCAAAAGGCUAAAUAUUAAACCUGAAUAAAAUCAUAUCUUAAAUUCUCACUUCAUGGCCUGUAUAUACCGACUUUUUUUUGUUGUAGUUUUAAGAUAUUGUCUGGAAAAUCA